AUGGAGGCGACCGCACUGAGUGUUGGCAAGUCCGUUUUGAGCGGGGCGCUUGGCUAUGCCCAAUCAGCUGUGGCCGAGGAGGUGGCUCUGCAGCUUGGCGUCCAGCGUGACCACUCCUUCAUUACAGACGAGCUCGAGAUGAUGCAAGGUUUCCUGAUGGCCGCACAUGACGAGCGGGAUGACAACCAGGUGGCGAAGAUCUGGGUGAAGCAAGUCCGCGAUGUGUCCUAUGCUGUCGAGGACUGUCUCCUGGAUUUUGCUGUCCGUCUUGAGAAGCAAUCUUGGUGGCGCAUCCCUCGCACGCUGCUAGACCGACAUCGUGUGGCGAAUCAGAUGAAGGAGCUCAGAGCCAAGGUGGAGGAUGUCAGCCAGAGGAACAUACGCUACCGCCUCAUCAAGCGCUCUGGUUCCAUGCCUACCUCUGACGUUGGGCAGCCUAUCAUCUCCAGUGCGACGAUGUCCGCUGCCAAUGAUGCAAUGAUGUGGCUACCUAAAGCUAAAAGGGAUCUUGUCGAGUUGAUCAAUUGCAAGGAUGAUGCACUUCGAGUGAUAGCAUUGUGGGGCACAAGUAGUAGUGAGCUGGGGGAGGUGUCCAUCAUCAAAAGUGCCUAUGAAGAUCCCAUGAUACACAAGAAUUUCGAUUGUUGUGCUUGGAUCACAUUGAUGAAUCCUUUCAGUCAGAUAGAUUUCAUUCGAAGCAUUCUCAGGCAAUUAUAUGUUACUUCUCUUCAAGAGACAAGAUUAGAAGGAAAAACAGCUAUUGGGACCCAUGUUUUGAAGAUGAUGGCGACGAUGAAAGAAGAUGGUUUGGCUCAUGUGUUCAAGAGAUUCUUCAUGCAACGGACUGAUGAAGAUGGCUUGGCUUACGAGUUCAAAAGAUAUUUGAAUGACAAGAGUUACCUAAUUGUACUCAAUGACAUACACACCAUUGAAGAGUGGGAUUGCAUUAAAACUUGUUUCCCGAACAACAAGAAAGGAAGCCGAAUCAUAGUAUCCACUGAUCAAGUUGAAGUUGCAAGCUUAUGCAUAGGAGCAGAGGAUGGAACUCUAUUGCAUAAGAAGUUCCUUCUGGAUCAGUCUCUUUACGCUUUCUACAAGAAGGUUUCUCAGGAUGGAAGGAAUUCAGGUGAAAAAGGAUCCAUCUCAUACGAACCCUCUACUAGUGCUUACAGCUUGGAGACAAUGGAUACUCUAGAAGAAUCUCGUCUCAUUGGAAGAGGGGAUCAAAAAAAGGAAAUCAUCGAACGAAUCACAAAUAAAUAUCUGCACGAAUUUCAUGUGAUCUCCUUGUGGGGAAUGGGUGGUAUUGGAAAAACAGCACUAGCAAGAGAGAUUUAUCAUAGUCAUGAGAUUAGUAUCAUGUUUGAAAAGCGUGUUUGUGUCACAAUCACACAUCCUUUCAAUUCGGAAACACUCCUUAAGAGUUUAACUAUGCAAUUUGGAGUUAAGAAUGAGAAAAACUUAAGGAGAUGUUUAGAAGGAAGGAGAUAUUUGCUUGUUCUUGAUGAUCUAUCGUCCUUAGCCGAAUGGAAUGCUAUAAAACAGUAUUUGCCACAAACGGCAGCAAGCUGCAUAAUAAUCACCACAAGGGAAGAGCAUAUUGCCAAACACUGCUCAAAGAAUGGAAGAAACAUAUACAAGCUCAAGCAGCUAGGUCCUGAUGACGCAUAUACCCUCUUCACCAAAAAGGUAUUUAAGGAGCCCGUAAGUUUGGAUGAGGAUUAUCCAGCGUUGGUUGAACAAGCAAAACUAAUUAUGAAGAAGUGCAGAGGGCUUCCCCUUGCACUAAUCACCGUAGGUGGCUUUCUGGCACACCAACCAAAAACUGCUUUUGAAUGGAGUAAAUUUAAUGACCAUAUUAGUGCCAAGUUGGAGAUGGAUCCAGAACUUCUGGCCUCAAGAGUACUCCUUAUGGAAUGCAGCUAUGGUGGUUUACCCUAUCACCUAAAGGCUUGUUUCUUGUAUCUGGCCAUCUUUCCUGAAGACUACAUAAUUGCACGGAGACGCUUAGUGUGUCGGUGGAUUGCAGAGGGUUACUCAAGUGAUGUGCGUGGCAAGUCCGUGGAGGAAGUAUUGGACUGUUACUUCAUCGAACUCGUAAGCAGGGGCAUGAUCCUGCCAUAUCAACGUUCGAUUUAUAGCAGGAAAGGAAUUGACUCCUGCCAAGUCCAUGAUCUCAUUCAUUAUAUUGCCAUCUCAAAGUCUAUGGAGGAAAAUCUUGUUUUCAGAUUGGAGGAAGGGUGCAGCUUAAAUAACCAUGGCACAGUGCGUCAUCUGGCUGUAAGCAGCAAUUGGAAUGGUGACCAGUUUGAGUUUGAGAAUAUAGUAGACUUGUCCCGUGUACGAUCGUUGACAGUGUUUGGAAACUGGAGGCCAUUUUACAUUUCUGAGAAGAUGAGGUUGCUUCGGGUGCUGGAUUUGGAAGGUAAGUGGGAUCUAGUUGAUCAUCAUCUUGAGCAUAUUGGGAAGCUUGUACAUCUUAUAUUUCUUUCUCUACGUGGACAUGAUACUAUAUUUCACUUGCCAAAUUCGUUCGGGAACCUGAGGCAACUCCAGACACUAGAUAUAUCCGGUACAAGCAUAAUAAAGCUACCAAGGACCAUCAUCAAGCUUGUGAAGAUGCAACACAUUCUUGCUAGUGGCAUAGGAGAUACACGUAGUCAUAUAUAUGGAGAUGCCGAUGAGCAGUCACUGAUGAGUUUGCCUUCAUAUUCAGCAUAUUGUUGCCGAGCAUGCUUUGCACCUAAUAUUCUGGGAGAGGAUCUUGUACUUGACGAUGGUGCACAACUUAACAGGCGUGAUAUAUGCACUGCGUUCUGCUGCAGCAUAUUACCUUAUUAUGCAGCAGGUAGAAAUCCAGGUGGUGUCAAAAUGCCCAGCGGGAUUUGGAAACUAAGGGCCCUACACACACUGCGUACCGUGGACGUCUCAGCAGGGAAGUUUGUUCUACACGAUAUAAAAAAUCUCACACGGUUGCGCAAGUUAGGAGUGACUGGCAUCAACAGGAGAAAUGGUCAAGAGUUGUGUUCAUCAAUUUCUCAUCUCAGCUCUUUGGAGUCAUUGUCACUACACUCACUCGGAGAGACAGGUUUAUCGGGUUGCUUGGAUGGUAUGUCCUCUCCUCCGGAAAAUUUGCAGAGCCUCAAGUUGUACGGCAACCUGGUUAAAAUGCCGGGGUGGAUCCAGGGCCUCAAAAAUAUUGUGAAGCUGAAGCUAGAGUGGUCGAGGAUAUCAGAGCAUGAUGCGGCCAUACAAGUCCUUGGGAAUCUACCAAACCUGGUCACACUGCGUCUAUUGUGUGGCUCGUUUGUUGGUGAUGAGGUCCGUUUCAGUCUUCGUUGUGAGGCAUUCCCGAGGCUGAAGGUGCUGCAGCUGCGUUUUGUCGUAAACCUCAAGUUGGUGGGAUUUGAGGAAGGAGCUGCCCCUAGGCUCGAGCUGCUGCAGUAUUUUGACUCGAGCCAUCCCAGUGUUUCAAGGUUUGUGGAAUACUUGCAAGAUCAGCCAGCUCUCAGAGAAUGA